CUGCCGUUCAAGGUUAAAGCUGCGGAGUAGUGUGUAGGACUGUUAAUAUUUCAGGUUUGGAUUCGUGCAGUACGGUCAGUUCUCUUAAAAGGCAUAUCCUGCAACAAGCUCAAACGACUAGAAGGUCGUGAUACUCAACAUAGAGUUCUGCCUUUUCACAGCAAAAACUACUCCACAAAUUUAGUGGUUCAAGAUGAAGUCUAAUCCAGACUCACCGAUUAUUUCAAUCAGUCCGAGGCAUUAUAUUCAUGUGCUAAACUUGAAUACUCAUGUCACCUCACUUGUUGUUGGACCUAAAACAUAUGUUUGCCAACAGGAUGAAAAGAUUGUUCUCGGACCUGAGGAACUAACUGUCGUCCCGACGAUGAUGUACUGUGUGAUUCGAAACCCUGUUAUAACAGACAAAGAUGGUGUUCCAGUAGUCGAUAAAUAUGGACAGGUUAAAGUUCGAAUGGGUGACGAGGAGUACCGUUUCGCCCAAGACCCUUUCCCAUUGUAUCCAGGUGAAGCUUUAAAGGAUAUCGUUAGGCCUCUACCUGUUGUUCUGCCAAACUCGGCACUCAGAUUACGAGCCGUUUCGGAUUUCGAAGAUGGAAACGUUAAUCGAAUAGCUGGAGAGGAAUGGUUGUUUGAAGGACCUGGUACCUAUUACCCUAGAAAAGAGGUUGAAAUCAUAAAAUGCGAGCAAGCCAAAGUAAUUCUUGUCAACUCUGCUCUUGUAAUGGAGGCCACGAAAGACUGCGUCGAUCGAGGUGGUGUUCCUCGUGUUUACGGUGAACGAUGGUUAGUGACGACACCAGGUGCAUACCUCCCUGGUGUCUGUGAGCAAAUUGUCGACGAACGCAAAGCGAUUACACUAACAGACAGACGAGCGAUAUGUGUCAAAGCUGUUAAGUCUCAUUGUGACAAGUUCGGGAAAUAUCGCAAAGCUGGUGAAGAGUGGUUAAUUACACAUGAAGAUGCGGAGUAUCACAUUUGCAGCGCACUUGAGGAGUUUGUGAAAGAGGUUGAUGUUACAAUCCUACGUGUCCAUCAGUUUUGUGUGGUAGUCAACCCUUGGGAUGAGAACGGUGUUCCUCAGUUAGGGAGAAAAUUAUUAGUACGUGGUGAGAAGUCAUUCUUUCUGAGACCAGGAGAGUAUUUGGAAACGGGAGUUCAAGAUGCUUAUAUUUUGCAGAACGACGAAGGCCUUAUUCUUCGAGCUAAAGAACAGUUUGUUGACGAUAUAUGUGGGGACGCUAUAUCUGAGGGGGACUCUGUAAAGCAGAAAUGUAUACGUCGUCCUGGUGAUCGGUGGAUGUUACGUGGACCCAUCGAAUACAUACCUCCUGUUGAAGUGGAUGUGAUAGACCGUCGUGAUGUAAUUCCUCUCGAUUGUAAUGAAGGGAUCUAUGUUCGUAAUAUGCAAACAGGACAAGUUCGUGCUGUUAUUGGUGAAGCUUAUAUGUUAAAUCAAGAUGAAGAAUUAUGGGAGAAGAAACUCCCACCCGAGGUUGUUCAGUUGCUGGAAAGUAAUAUUGACCCAUUUGCUGACCGCGGAGUUCGAUCUUCUCCAGAUUCAGUUAACCGUCUUGACCCAACUCGUGUAGUUACUUUCCGUGUUCCACACAAUGCUGCAGUUCAAAUUUAUGACUAUAAAAAUAAAAGGGCAAGAGUCGAGUUUGGACCAAAUUUAGCUAUGUUAGGACCGGAUGAACAAUUUACUCGUUUGAGCCUGAGUGGUGGGAAACCGAAGAAACCGAAUGUGAUUAAAAGUCUAUGUUUACUGUUAGGUCCAGAUUUUUGUACCGAUGUUGUAAUUGUUGAAACUGCGGACCAUGCUCGCUUGUCUUUGCAACUAUCGUACAAUUGGGUGUUCGAUGUCUCUCCAUCAUGCAGUGCAGCCGAUGCUGCUAAGUUAUUUUCAGUACCUGAUUUUGUUGGAGAUGCUUGUAAAGCUAUUGCAUCUCGUGUUCGUGGCACUGUUGCAUCUGUCCAAUUCGAUGAUUUUCAUAAGCACUCAUCACGAAUUAUUCGUGCCUCCGUAUUCGGAUUGGAUGAAGCUGGAAAGGUUCGGGAUCGAAUAGUUUUUCCUCAAAAUAACCUGCAUAUUACAAGCGUGGAUGUACAGUCUGUGGAGCCAGUGGAUCAACGAACUCGGGAUUCGUUGCAGAAGUCAGUCCAACUUGCCAUUGAGAUAACGACCAAUUCGCAAGAGGCAGCUGCACGUCACGAAGCGGAAAGACUCGAACAGGAAGCCAGAGGUCGGUUAGAGCGUCAAAGAAUUGAGGAUGAAGCGGCUGCUGAACAAGCCAGGCGUAAUUUGCUUGAAAUCCGAGUGCAACUGGCUGCACUGGAAAGUAGUAGUCAAGCGAAGGCCGAAGCAGAGAGUCGAGCUGAGGCGAAUCGUAUUUCCAGUCAAGCUGCAGUGGAAGAAGCUAAACUUCGAGCAGAAGCCUUAUCUAUUGAAACGAAUGCAGAAUUAGAAAGACUCAAAUUGGCUCGAGCUGCAGAGAUCGCCUAUAUCAAGGAAAAGAAUGAAUUAGCUCUAAAGUAUAAGGAAGACGAAACAGAAAUCGAGAAAUCGCGUUUCAUUUCAAUGGUGAAUGCAUUAGGUGCAGAUACACUACGUGCAAUGGCAACAGCCGAAUCAGACCAUAAUCUGAGCAUGUUGAACGCUUUGGGCCUACAAAGUACAUUAAUUACAGAUGGGACGACACCAGUGAAUUUGUUAACUACCGCUCAUGGUUUAAUUGGUUCAGUGUUUGAAGGUUCUUCUCGUAAACGUGCUUCAGAGGUUUCAGGCAACGUAGAUGGAAAAUGAAGCUCAAUCGAUAUUUACUGUUUGCAUUCAUGAGUUUUGCUUUAAUCUAUUUCUUUAUACUUGCUUGAUUUUUUAAUGUAUUGUUUCAGCAUACUUUUUUCAUGGUUGGCUGUGACGAUUUCUUCAAAUGAAUACUUAAUAAAAUAUGUGAUACUUGUGCUAUCCAAAGUGUGUUUUUUAUUUAUCAUGUUUCUACUUGUAUUAGUUUUGCUGUUGUUCAGAAUAUAAUUGAGUGUUUCACAAGCAGCAAAAGAUUGUCAGGGUGAACAUACGCUUUCACAAAAUAUAUAUUAGAUAGACAUAGUUUCAACUACUCAUUUUUAACCAGUGUAUAGUGUAUUAAAACUGCUUGAUGGGUUGAAUUAGCAUGAGGAUUGUGUUAAUAGUCAGUUGUGGAACUUUGAAGAAUUGGAUCAGUCAGUAAUAACCGAUGUUUGUUCUGAGACAAAUAUACAAGUGACCUAGUAGCCACAUCACAUCAAUACAAUUAACUGGAAUGGACCAGUUUGAAAUCAAAUGAGUCGGAUCAAUAAUAGUAUUAUCAUUGGUGGUAAGGUAUAUUAAACAACAAGAAUGCCGUUCAGAAAGACUGAAGGAGAUUAGGUAGUUGAUGGUGUAUGAUACAAUUGCAAAUGUAAACCUAGCGACCGAUAGCAUUGAAAGGAUGUACAAUUAAAGUGACCUUGACACGGUUGAAAAUUCUUAAGGCGAUAAAUAUGUAACUCAUCUAAUUAGCUUACAUGAUUUAGGAGCAUAUUGCGACUCAUUGGAGGUUAUUCUUACGCUUGCUCAGAGAUUUAUUUUGGUCAUAUGAUUGUGAAAAUUGCUCUGACUACAAAUUUCAAACAAUCAAUCGACAGUUGAAAUAAUUGGUGUACAAAAUGAUUACAUGUGUUGUAAUGACGAACCUUGAUUUCUGCAGAGAGCUGAGUUAUUUGUUGGGGUUUCAGAUCAGAUCGCACAUAAUCAUAUAUUUAUUUUGAAGAAACCCAGCGUGAGGGGAUCUUUUGUUGUAGGAGUCGGUUGGAAGAAAGCUACAGGUUUUCAAACCAAGACAUGGGAUUAGUUCAUGUACUCAUUGAUAAUUGGAUUAAGCCAUGUUAGUAGGUUCAAACUCGUUCUUUGGCAUACGUUCGUUGACCGGGAUCAAGGUUGGAGGCCUGUGUGGGUUGACUCGGAUAAGGUUACAGUGAAACAUAUGCAUUCAAUAUUUAUCUUUCUUUUGAUCUUGAACUUUAAAAUGAUCUUAUACCGUUUAUUAUACAGUCUCAUUUAUUCUUGUCGGACCAUGUUGUUUAAGCCCGAUAUUUUCUACUAUUACUGAUACUAUCACUCAUUCUACCAUUCGUAUUCAUCUUGGCAGUUUCAUCUGGUGGUGCCUAAAUGAUUUAUGGACUUGAACCGAUGCAGGUAUUUGCCAAAUUCUACAUUGUCUAUGACUGACUAUCUUACAGUCGAUGAAAAUCAAUGAACAGGAAAUUUAAUUUAUUAAGAGAUCACUUCAAAACAUAAAUAAAGCAAAAUUUGCAACUUGUAUCACUCAAUAUAUUUAACAAUAAUGGUAUGUAUAACAUUCACUGUCACUAUUGAUAAUAAGUCUGGAU